UUUUGUUUUGGCCACAUCCUACGCACCCAUGCAGGCGAUCACUACUUUCAUCCUUUGUGCUAUGGCGGCCUCGACGACCGCCCAAAGCACGCCGAUCAACCACAUGUGCUCGGACGCCGACCUCAUCGCAGCCAUCACGCCGGUUGCGCUCACGUCGGCGACGACGCUCCACCAGUGCGCCAAGGACACGGGGCUCUCGAUCGAGGCCGUUCCCGUGCCGGCCAACGUGACGCCUGCCCAAGUCAACGCGCUCCUCCAGAGCUCGAGUUGUGCGGCGUUCUACACCAGCAUUCAGUCGGCGAUCGCCAAGAUCUCGCCCGCGUGCUACUUGGUGACGAGCCCUGUGCCUGUCACGUCGGCACAAAUCUCGUCCGUAUCGUAUAAGGAUUACGUCACGGCCCUCCAAGGCACGACGACCGGUGCGCCGGGUACGACGACAACCAAGCCGUCGACGACGACGGCACCGACCGGCAACUCGACUGCUGCACCCAGUAGCUCGACGACCGCGCCCGGUACCACGACCGUUGCUCCGGGCAACUCGACAUUGGUGCCGGGCAACUCGACCACCGCACCGGUUAACUCGACCACCGUACCGGUUUACUCGACGGUGACGCCCAUCACGGACACGGUUGUGACCAAGACCCCGUCGACGAGCGCGACGCCGGCUCCGACGACGACGACCCCCAAGGCCACGUCGUCGGCGUCGAUCCUUGUCCCGACGCUCGCCGCACUUGCGAUCGUUGCUGCUGCUACGGUCUAAAUGACCCACGUUUGAUCCAUUCCACUUUACUUCACCACUUUAUAUUUUCAAAAUAAAACCUUUCGUAAUCCCAA